AUGAAAAACACACAGUUACAAUCUCUACAGAAACAACUGGAUGAAAUAAACAAGACAAUGUCUGACAUCAAGGAUGAUAUCAAUUCAGUUGACAUGGUGUUAGACACUAAUGAUUUAUCAAUGUUAUUUAGUGUCACCUCUAAUGUGAAUAUUUACAGAAAUCUUCCACCAAAACUAGCACCAUCUCUACCGAAAUUCAAUACAGAAAAAAUCCAAGGAGAAAAACUCGAUAAACUGUUCGGAACCUUAUUAUCAAGUUCUUUAACUUCAGAUAAACAUGGAUAUAGCAUAAAGACAUCACAGAAAUCAGCAGAAGCUGGAUUCUCUCCUCCAGUCAAACAGAUGCUUGAUGAACCAGAAACUGUCACCAUUAUAGACACUGGGUAUAGAAAAUUUUUUUACCAUGUGGCCUGUCUGAGUGAUGAUGAUAUAUGGACAAGUGGAGAUGACAACAGAAUGAAACUCUACAGCAUCAAUCAGGGAUCACUUCUCAAGUCAAUCAGAACCAAGUCAGGGAACACACCAACUGACAUAGCAGUGACAAAAAGUGGAGACCUAGUUUAUACCGAUUACAAAGAUAGAACUGUGAACAUAGUGAAGGAGAAGAUAGAGGAGGUGAUCAGACUGCAGAACUGGAAACCUUGCGGUGUCUGUAGUACCUCCUCUGGUGACCUCCUCGUUACCAUGGAAAAUGAUGAUGGCAAAAAAACAAAAGUUGUCCGUUACACUGGCUUCACAGAGAAACAAACUAUCCAGUUUGAUGAUCAAGGUAAACCUCUCUAUUCAUCUGGUCGUUAUAGCAGAUACAUAACUGAGAACAGGAACCUGGAUAUCUGUGUGUCUGACUAUUUUGCUAAAGCAGUAGUGGUGGUCAAUCAGGCCGGGAAAUUGAGAUUCAGAUACACUGGACAUACUCCUGGUCCAAACAACAAACCAUUUGAUCCACGAGGAAUCACCACAGACAGUCAGGGUCACAUCCUUACAGCUGAUGAUAAAAAUGACUGUGUCCACCUCAUAGACCAGGAUGGACAGUUUCUCCGUUACAUAGACUGUGGACUGAGUUAUCCCCGGGGAUUGUGUACAGAUACAAAUGACAAUCUGUUUGUUACUCAACUAAUCAACAGAAAAGUGAAAAAAAUUAAUUACCAUUGUUGAUUCUAGGGCUAUGUAUUGAGUAAAUGAAAGCGAUAUGAUGUAAUCACUAUAAAAACAAUAUGUAGGACAUCAAUUCUAUUACAAAUAGAGUUUAUUAAAAAUCUCCU